AGGUAAAAUUAGACUUUUUUCUCAAAAAAUAUGGACACGUGGAGUCUAUCAAGUUCACGCCGGAGCUCUUCUAAUGCGAAGGGAAAAUUUGAGAGGAUUUGCUAAUGCCAAGAGUAUGUAUAGAGCAAAAUACAAAUAAGGACGUACAAGACAAAUUUGAACCUUUUCGCAUAAAAUCGCACUUUUAAUUCAAGAAAUAGAAAGAAAAUUCAAAGGAUCAUCCUUGUGCUGGAAUAUUUCAUGCGUAAACAAGACAAAAGUGUUUUCCUCAUUUCUUGUUGGGGUGUUGUCCAUUGUCAAAAUUCUCUCUCAUCUCAAACAGUAAACAAAGAGAAUAUUCUUGAGUUAAGAGACGGCCCUCAAAUUUAAUUUGCCUCGUCCAACUGCUCCAUCUUUCAACACAUAACCCGCUAGCUGUAUUACCUGCACAUAGAUAAAGUCCUAAUUAACUUGUCUAAACAAAGCAAAGCAAACCAAUGCAUGAAAUGAAUUCGGAUUGGGUGCUCUCCUUUCAGAGCCACAACCAAGAUUUUGCCAUUCGACAAUUUUGUGCUGCUGCCCGAAUGAUCGAUCAAGAACAACAACAACAACAUUCACAAAAUAGUAUAGGUGAGCUGUACACUUAUACUAGCACCCCUGAUCACUCAGCCUCUUCCCAGGAGGAGCAAGAAUUUGUUGAUAGCUUCUUCAACAUUGAUUCUUACGACAAAGAUCCUCUUGAUCAGCAAGUAAAUCUUGAUGUUGAGGAGUUUGGAGACUUCACAUCAAUGAUACUCAAUGAAUACAGUUACAAGAAUCUAUCAGUGCUGACCGAUGAAGAACCAAGGUAUACCGUGCUGGAGGCUUGUAGCUCAAGCGAUGAUCUUAUUGGAGCAGAGAAGCCUUUUGACGCGGAAACAAUUAGCCAUGACCAUGUGGAGGCAGAGGUGAAUCAGGGGCUUCAGCUUGUACAUUUGCUCUUGGCUUGUGCUGAGGCUGUAGGUUGUAGGGACACUCGACUUUCUGAUUCAUUGCUUACUCAAAUCUGGCCUGCAGUCACCCCUUUUGGUGACUCACUCCAAAGGGUCUCCUAUUGCUUUGCUUUGGGACUGCAAUCCAGACUAACGCUUCUUCAACAUAGAAAUAAUGCAGGUGCAACAUUAAUACAGGACCAGUUAGCAGCUUUGUCUAGAGUGGAGAAAAGAGAGGCCUAUCAUUGGUUGAACCAAAUCACUCCGUACAUGGCUUUUGGUUUCAUGGCUGCAAAUGAUGCUAUCUGCAAAGCUUCCAGUGGGAAGGAAUGCUUGCAUAUCAUUGAUCUUGGCAUGCUCCGUAUUUUUCAAUGGCAAUCCUUAAUUAGAACAUUAACCGCACAACCAGACUCACCUCCUCCAAGACUAGUUCGCAUCACAGGCAUUCUUGAAGAUACUCAUGAUUUUAUGGAACUUGAACUAGGAUUGAAGAGCCUUAUGGAUGAGGUUGCUGCUACUUCUUCAGGCAAUAUUCGUCUAGAGUUCCAAGUGAUCAAGGAGCCAGUAUCAGCAUCGCUCUUCACUAGGGAAAAGCUUGAUGUAAGAGAAGGGGAGGCUUUAAUUGUGAACAGCGUCAUGCAGUUGCACAAGUAUGUGAAAGAGAGCAGAGGAUCUCUCAAGACCAUUCUUCAAGCCAUCAAGAAAUUAGGCCCUGCUCUGGUUAUUGUGGUGGAACAGGACGCCAAUCACAAUGGCCCUUUCUUUCUAGGAAGAUUCUUGGAAUCACUUCACUAUUACUCUGCCGUUUUUGAUUCGCUUGAAGCUAGCCUCCCACGGGACUCCACCACAAGGAUUAAGAUAGAGAAGUGUCAUUAUGCAGAGGAGAUUCGAAACAUUGUGGCAUAUGAAGGAUCGAAUAGGAUCGAGAGGCAUGAAAGAGCAGACCAGUGGCGCAGGCAACUUGGACGUGCUGGUUUUCAGGUAGUAGGAUUGAAGUGUAUGAGCCAGGUUCGGAUGAUGCUUUCAGUCUAUGGUUCCGAUGGUUAUACUCUAGCCAGUGAGAAGGGUUGCCUUCUGCUAGGAUGGAAAGGAAGGCCAAUAAUGUUUGCAUCUGCUUGGGAAGUCCACAAUGUUGCCUCCUCCUGAUAUAUUAGUGGACAAUUCUUGCUGUUGAGUCACCUCAUUUGAGAAAAUAAUACUAACCAACAAGGAGGUUCCUAUCAUUUCACUGGAAUUGAGUAUCAGCAGCAAUGCUUGCUUUGAAUUUUUAGAGCUCGCUAUAUUACCAUUUAACCUGAAUUUUUUUGCCCCACAAAUUUUGAGUUUUGGUUAUUCACUUUCUGAUAUCCAACUAACAAGAUAUGAUAUCCGGUGAGGAAUCCUUAUUUUUUCUGAAAGCACGACUUUGGCAGUUGGAGACAACAUUGACCAUAGUCAGACACCCAAUCUUUCACAAAGGCCUAUAAAUUUAAGGCACCAGCCUUUAAGAAGCUUUCUGAUAAUAUUAGAUCUUCCAGGUCCGGAAACUUGCAAUAAAUCAACUACCUCCUUCCUCGGUAGCAGUAGAUGAAUAAACACUAAAAAAGCAGGGAAAUUUCUUCACUGGUCAUGGUACUUUUAUUGGAGAAAAAAGGGCAGACCGGUGCACAAGGCAUCCCGCGUUCACGCAGAGUCCGGGAAGGGCCGCACCCCAAGAGGUGUGAUGUAGGCAUCCCGCGUUCACAUAGGGAACAGGGAAGGGCCGCACCCAAGGGGUGGUACUUUUAUUGGAGCAGUAGAUGAAUAUCCAAGGGCACUGAUGCAAACCUCAGCAGAAAUGCUGCAGUUUCAAAGGAGAACCGAAUUGACUGCAAAUUUUUCAAUUGUGAAAUACUAUAAAUGAUUGUCAUGCCAUGAAGAACUCUCGAACGAACAAAAGACUUCUUUUCUUA